AUGUCCCUUUCCUCUGCUCAUUGCUUUUGUUGUUUGGAUGCCAUCCGAUUUGCCUUGGUCUUGUUGGACUAUGAUCCAAGUCUCGGUUUGGGGGGAGCUGACGGUCUUAUCAUCGCAGCUCUUGCGGGUCUCAUGAUCAGCAUCACGGACAUAUUAAUUCUCAUGAUACUCCCGCGCGUAACGGCUGGCAUCCUUAUCGUUCAGUCUGAGGAGCCUAUCAAGAUGGACAAGGUUGUCAAGAUUGUUACCUAUGGCGCUGCCAUUGUCCUCGUCACUCUCGCUCUCGCAUCCACCACGUUGCAGAUCAAGUUUUAUCAUGACAGUUCGUUUGACAACGUGGUCGCUCUAAACAACCUUCCUAUAGCCUUCCUGUCACUAGUUUUUGUUGCGUCUGCUCUGACACGAUCCGAGAAGCGUGUAGCCACGUCCACAGCCGAAACCUCCAUGGUCAGCGGCGGCAACCAGCAAAUGUCAUGGAACUACAACUACAAUGCGCCUCAGGUUCUACCCCAGCACAUGUCACAACAGUGUUACAACAGUACGCGCAGGCUAAAUGAUAUCCAGCGCAGCAAGUGUAUUACCAACCUUUAUUACAACAUGCCCCUCAACAAUAUGCCCCGCAACAACAGCCAUUGCCUCCCUGAGAGGUACUUGUCCCCCCUUCGGAGCUCUCUUCACGCACUCCAAACCAGCGUUACUCUACGUUUAGUCAAGACGUAG